AUGAGUCCACGCCGCAAAAGGAAACACGUACCUGAUACGGAUGUGGCAAGAUUGGACACGUUGAAGCCUACCGUCUUGACAGGAGGACUAGCGACAAGAACAGCAGUCGUCGCGGUAGGCAACAUUGUGCUUGCGAUUGUCGAAGGCACCAGCAAGAAGGGCAAGCGUCGUGCCAAUUAUAAUCUGAACCUGGCAAUUUGCAACGGCAGUGACGGAGAAAGCGACGACUGGAUUCUGGACAGUGUAUCCAGCCGCCAUCUCGUCAACAACGCUUCUCUCGUACAAGUUGUGCGAUACUGCGAGCUCGAGUGCCACCUAGCCGACGGUGAGGGUAUCAAGCUGUCGCGUUCAAUAGCGUUUUACUGA